AGUAGUCCGAAACAUUAUUCAACAGAUAACAUUAAAUUUUUCGUACAAAAUGUCUAAGAAAUCAAAAACAACAGUCGUGAAUGUUCUCUACACUAACAAUUCGUCGAGCAAUCCUUCGCGGGGGGAAAUGCUAUCCUGGGUGAACAAUACACUGAAAUCGCAGUUUUCCAAGGUCGAGGAGUUGUGCACCGGAGCGGCAUACUGCCAGUUAAUGGACAUACUCUUUGCCCAGUCGAUCCCGAUGCAGCGAGUCAAGUUUCGCACAAACGUAGAGUAUGAGUACAUCCAAAAUUUCAAGCUUUUACAAGGAUGUUUCAACAAAGUUGAUGUGGAUAAGAUCAUACCCAUCGACCGGCUGGUCAAGGGUCGAUUCCAGGAUAACUUCGAGUUCCUCCAGUGGUUUCGCAAGUUCUUCGAUGCCAACUAUGAGAGUCGAGAAUAUGAUCCUCUGAUCGCUCGGAAUGGAGCAAUGAUGGGACUUGGCUCGCCUCCCGUUGAAGCCAAGAAACGCAAGUCAGUGAAUAAGUCAAAACCCCAGACUAAACCCACCGAAGAAUCCUCUGCUCAAACAGAUAAGGCAAGAACAGAUCCGGAAAAUCAAGUGCAUGAGUCAAAUUCCCAAACUAAAGCCACCGAAGAAGCCCCUGCUCAAACAGAUAAGGCAACAACAGAGCCGGUAAAUGAAGGUUCUAUUGAGGAGUUGCGGAAUUACUGUGAAUAUAUUUCGAUAAUGACAGAGGAGAGGGACUUCUACUUAUCGAAACUCAGAGCAAUUGAUCAUAUUUGCCAGAAAUACAAUAGUGGCCAAGUUAGGAAAAUAUCAGAGAAGAUUACUAAUAUUAUUUACAGCGGAUAAAUGCUCAUAACAAGCACUAAAUAAACUGAACUCAAAUCAGCUAAGAAGCAAAAUUCAAAGCAAUGUGGAUAGUUUAAAAAUUAAAAGUUAAUCUGUCAAUAAAUUGUUAAUGCGAAGUUU